AUGGUGUUGCAGGGAGCUGAACGCUACUCCUCCUGUAGUACUCACCACCCUCACACACCGACACCACCACUCACAACACACAUACCAACAUCAGUAUUAUCUAAUAGCAGUAGUAGUCAUAGUUAUUGUAGUAGUAGUAAGAGUUAUAGUAGUAGUAGUAGUAGUAGUAGUAGUAAUUAUAUUUUUUAUUGUUUUUACUGUCAUUGUAGUAGAAGUUACAGCAAUAACAGCAGCAGCAGUAGUAGUAGUAGUAGUAGUAGUAGUAGUAGUAGUUGUUGUUGUUGUUGUUGUUGUUGUUGUUGUUGUUGUUGUUGUUGUUGUUGUUGUUGUUGUUUUAGUAGUAGUAGUAACUAUAUUUUUAAUUGUUGCAGCAGUAAUAGUAGUAGUAAUAGUAAUAGCAGCAGCAGCAGCAGCAGCAGCAGCAGCAGCAGCAGCAGCAGCAGCAGCAGCAGCAGCAGCAACCAUAUUUUUAAUUGUUACAGCAACAAGCAGUGUAAUAGCAGCAGCAGCAGCAGCAGCAGCAGCAGCAGCAGCAGCAGCAGCAGCAGUAGCAGCAGCAGCAGCAGCAGCAGCAGCAGUAGCAGCAGCAGCAGCAGUAGCAGCAGUAGCAGCAGCAGCAGCAGCAGCAGCAGCAGUGGCAGUAGUAGCAGCAGCAGUGGUGGUGGUAGUAGCAGCAGUAGUAUUAGUCCCAGCAGCACCAGCAGCAGCAGCAGCAGUAGUAGUAGUAGUAGUCGCGGUGCCCGGCUCCAGCCCUCAGCGGUGCCGCUCCCUCGCCGCACAGGAUUCUGCCCGCCUCCACCCGAGCCAUAUACCGACCCAUGGGGGGAUUACCGCGGCAUGAGGAAAUAUAGUGUCAUGUUGAUAAUGUGGAAAAAGAGUGGCCCAUAUUACACCUCCAUUGUAAAUACUUGUAUUCUUUACAGGAAACUUAUUGAAGAGGUUGUUACUGUGUGA